CGCUCAGUUGGUCGCGCGACUCCGGUCAGUUCGGAUCGUUCGUGCGCUCUCACGGCUUCUCAUUUCGCCCAAGGACCGCCGGCGCCCUCGGAAGCACGUCAUCUCUUCGGUCCUGCGCCCUGAGGACGAGGGGAUGAAAGGCUCUCCACGGAUCACGUGACCUGGGGGAAGGUGCGCAUCUCCGAGGAAGAUGUCGCGACUAAGGAAGCCCAGCAUCUCCGUCUACGACUAUCCGGAGCACCUGAACCCCUUCAAGGAUGACGAAAAGGCUUCUAAGGAUGCCCGGACGACUGUCAACGGCGACGCCAAAUUGGCACCUGUUAAAGAACCCAAGUCGAAAUUCUGGACCUUCGGGAGGAGUCGGAAGAAGAGGUCCAACAGCUUCUCCAUAAAAUCCACGUGGAGCGGACUCUUCGGGAAACGAAAGGAAAUCUCGGAAAUCCCGGAACGGACGACCGCCAUUACCACGGGUACGUACGGUCUCGGCCAAUCGGCGUCCGCCAUUCGUCAAGGUCCCACCAUCUCUUCGGCGUACAAGACCGAGCGACCCGUCGCUCCUCCUCGAGUAUCCAGAGACCAGCAGGAAUUCGACGAAGCCCUCGGGACUCUGGUCAGAAGGAGGAAAUACACCCUGGACAAUUCUUCGAGAUACGGUUCGAGUUUGACCGUAAAUGGCGACCCUGCCAGAUUGUACGAUGGCACUCCUCAAGAUACCACGACGUCCAUCAUGGGCGAUCUCACCCCGAAGGCACCUGCAAGACGGUUCGGCCAGGUGAGCCCGAGACCAAAAGACAAGAUACCUCCGCUGGACUUUGAAGACAAAGUGCAUAGAGAAAAUGGAGCGAUCGAGGAAAGGAACUCAGAACUCACUCCAGUGCCACCGAAGAGGAACAGUCAGAGGUCUUCGUUGAGACUGAACGUCACCUUGGAUUCUGAAGAGGAUUUUCCUGAGAGAGCCUCCAGGUCCAAUGAUGUAUCCCUUAGGGAUGAAAACGAGAACGUCGCGGAUGAUUAUGUCUUCAAAAGGUUCAGCCAAGAUGCGGUGAGAAGGUCGAAUUUAUCUAUCAACAGCUGUAUCUCCGUGUCCAGCACUGUAAGUGCGUAUGGGAGGAAGAAACGCAGAGCUCCUCAACCUCCUCGUCGGGUCGAACAAUUGGAAACUCCACGGGAGAACGAGGUACGCGUGCUGGACGUCUCCGGAGAUUCGAAGUCCCUGGAUGUAGGAGACAUCGCGAGGGUGACGGAAAACAUCGACGAGAUGACGAAGAAGAGCCUAGAAGCUGGCGAAGGGUCUUCGAGUACACCAACCAAAGAAGAAGAGACUUCCCAAAAAGAUGAGCAGCAGGACUCGGGGGAAACACAUAACCCUGAAGUCGAGGACUCGAAAUCUCCACCAGGUGAAAAUCCAGAAACCUUAACGAUCGAUCUAGAAGAGAAUCUGCAAGACAUCGUACAUGAAGAUGUCCCAAGUGGCAAGUCUUCACCGACAGAAGUCGAGGAAGUGGAGCUGCGAAAGGUCGAGGAGGAAAAUCUGGAGAUAAUCGAGGAAUCUAUUCAGGCUGUCGAUGAGGUUUCCCUUCGAAAAAGAGGUUCUUCGGGUGCUUUGUCAAGAAGCGACAGCUUCUCCGUGAAGGAGGAGAUCGAGAAGAUAGAGAAGCAGAUCAAAGCUCUCGAGGCGAGGAGUCCGAGUGAAGAGAACUCCUCGGAGGAGAUCUCUGGGACCAGACUCAGCAUCCAGGCUAAUCGAAGGAGCUUCUUCAAGAACAUGAUGGACGACAAGGAGAUCAAGGUCGAGAUGAAGGAGGUCCCUCGUAGCAGCAACGAUGUCGAAGUUGUUAGACUCCCGGAACCUCCGAUUCCUGUCGAAGCUUCCCUGGAACCCGUCAAGGUUAUCGAGUUGCAUAUUUCAGAGCCCAUCAGAAGGAGGCCAGAAAUACUUGAAGAUGUCAACCCUGUUCCGAAGCCUCGUAGGAACAGUGCCCAAAAUUCACUUAGGAGUUCCUCGAGACGAGGCUCGGCCGAGACUGUUCAGGUAGAUAAAAGAGGAAGUUCGUUCUAAGGGAUACAAAAUUUCGUUUCGAUUAUCAUGCAGAGUAAAGACAUCGAACCAACAGUGAGAUUUACGCCAAGUGCAAUUAUUUACGGGAGACUUACGAUAUUAAAUUUUAUAGUCCUGUUUCUGAGCAUGGUUCGAUGAACAUUCAAGCUCUUACGGUGUGCUUCGAAGUGAUAUAUUGCAUAUCGAUGUGUAACAAUAUUUCUUUAUACGUAGGAUUACGAUCCUCAGUGGAUGUCUUGUGACCGAUGGGUGCUUCUUUACGAGCGUCGUUGUACCACGUGUACCUAGCAUUUUCAUUAUUUAUUGAUAGGAAAUAAAUCGAUCUAAGGAGUCUCGAAGGAAAA